UCAUUCUUCUCGCCUCUCAACUAGGGAAAAGUAACAAAAGGGUAAAUAGAUGGCCUCAAGAGGACUUGUACUGAACAUUAGUGUAUACUAGAGUGAAUUACAUUAUCAGAAUAUAUUCCUUCGUUUGCACCAACUAUUAUUUUAGCACCGUAGGCACGGAAACACUUUCUUUGUAUUCUGGAAGAGAGCUCCUGGAUGUGAUUCUAGACGUGGAAAGGUUUAGGAAAAAUGUUGUGUGACGCUGCGCCGUUUAAAAUCAAGGAUUUCUAAGCUAUUGUUUUUCAUUUUCAGCUGACUUCAGAAUGGGGCAUCCUCCUCUUGAAUUUAGUGACUGCUAUCUGGAUAGCCCAGAUUUUAGAGAAAGACUCAAAUGCUAUGAAACAGAAUUGGAAAGAACAAGCAAAUUUCUCAAAGACGUAAUCAAAGAUGGCAACAAUGUAAUCAAUGCAAUUAAGGGUUAUUCUGUGGCUGUUCAGAAGUUCUCCCAGACUCUGAGCGCGUUCCAGUUUGACUUCAUAGGCGAUUCUCUGACAGAUGAUGAGAUGAACAUUGCGGAGUCUUUUUCAGAAUUUGCUGGUCUUCUGCAGGAAGUAGAGGAUGACAGGAUGAUGCUGGUUCAGAAUGCUUGUGACAUGCUGAUUAAGCCAUUGGAGAAGUUCCGGAAAGAUCAAAUAAGUGUGACAAAGGAGAGGAGGAAGAAGUUUGAGAAAGAGAGUGAAAAAUAUUACUCUCAAUUAGACAAACAUCUCAAUUUGUCCUCCAAGAAGAAGGAAACACAACUACAAGAGGCUGACGAACUUCUGGACAAAGAAAGACAUAUCUUCUAUGAGUCAUCCGUGGAGUAUGUGUACCAGAUCCAACAAGUGCAAGACAGGAAGAAGUUUGACGUUGUGGAGCCUGUUUUGGCAUUUCUUCAUAGCAUCUUAACGCUGAACAACCUGACUGUGGAGAUGACUCAGGACUUCAUGCCCUACAAACAGGAGCUGCAGCUCAGCCUGCAGAACACCAGAAACCACUUUGAGAGCACUCGUGAGGAGAUGGAGGAGCUGAUGAAGAGAGUGAAACAGCCAUCACAGAUCAGUAAAAUGCACGGUCAGACAGUCUCCGAGGGUUAUCUGUACUCUCAAGAAAAGUGGGCGUUAGGCGUGUCAUGGGUGAAGUACUACUGCAGGUAUCACAAAGACAGCAAACUGUUUGUCAUGGUUCCCUGUGAGCAGAAACCAGCAACCAAACAGGGCCCCACAGAACUGAAACUCAAAUCCUGCAUCCGCCGGAAGACUGAAUCCAUAGACAAGCGCUUCUGCUUCGAGGUGGAGACUGUAGAGAGGAACACGCCUGUCAUUCUCCAGGCCUUGUCAGAAGGGGAAAGGAAGAUGUGGAUCGAGGCCAUGGAUGGGAAAGAGCCUAUUUAUCAUUCCCCAAUUCACAAACAAGCUGAAAUGGAAUUAAAUGAAGUUGGAUUCAAGUUUGUGAGAAAGUGCAUCAAUUAUGUGGAAACAAAGGGACUCACACAAGAAGGAGUGUACAGAACUGUUGGCAGCAACAUCCAAGUGCAGAAGCUUUUAAAUGCCUUCUUUGACCAAUCAUGCCCAGGGGAUGUGGAUUUCCAAAACAGUGACUGGGAUAUUAAAACCAUCACAAGCGCCAUGAAGUUUUACCUCAGGAGCCUCACGGAACCUCUAAUGACUUACGGUCUCAACAGGGAGCUCAUUUUAGCUGCAAAAUCUGAAAGUCUUGACUGUCGACUUGGUGCCAUUCAUUCGUUGACCUACAAGCUUCCAGAGAAGAAUCGUGAAAUGCUAAACCUGCUUAUCCAGCACCUGGUCCAUGUUUGCAGUAACAGUGGAGAGAAUUUCAUGACACCUUCCAACAUGGGGGUGAUCUUCGGUCCCACCCUUAUGAGGGCAGAGGAGGACACUGUGGCUGCCAUGUUGGAUAUCAAGUUCCAGAACAUUGUCAUUGAGAUUCUGAUCGAGGAUUCCAAGAAGAUCUUCAGUGGCCCACCAGAGGAGAGCUCCGCCCCUCCCAUGCCUCCUCCAAGGAUCACCCCUAGGAAACGACAACCAAUCACAAUCUCCAAACGCCCAGCACGUGCAUACCAAGCCCUUAAUCAUGACCAGUUCCAGCCAACCGAGAAUGAGCUGAACGGCAACGCCCAAAAUGGCCGCCGAGCAGAGGGCUUAGCUUUGGUUGGGGAGAGCCCCAGGGGUCCUGUACCCCUCCAGAGGACCAAGCCCCUGGGCCCUGCCCCCAGGCUCCCCCGGGACCCCCCGCACAGGCAGCUCCCCGUUCCCAAACCGGCCGCGUCCCAGGACCGAAACUCUGAGUGUGAUGUGGCCAAAAUGGUGGCUAAACUACAGAGGUCAGAAACUUCGGCCACUGCAAAUGGGAAGCCAGUAGUCGCUGUGAACCGAGCGCUGUCGUUCCAGAACAGAAGACCAGCCCCACGAGGGGCUGCAGUCAUCAGAGAAGGUGAAUGUGACCUGAUCAAAACAAGAUCUCCAGCUGAGAAGCAUGCCAUCUGCCGGCCUCCAGUCCGGCCCCCUGACCCUCCUGCUCGUACUCAAGCUCCGCAGAGGAGCCCCGACGCAGUGCCCAGCGAAGACACUGCAGCAUCUUACGUCGCUUCCAAAGCCAAGUUUUUUGAAAAUGCCUCCAGAUGAAUCAAAAGUGCAUCCGAUUCACCCCCAGCAUCGUCAACUCUCAAUGUGCCUGAAGUGACAAGGUGUAAUUCCCCUUGUGUUUCAUCGUAUAUUUAACAUUGUCUAAAGAGGAAUAUCCUUGUUGUUGUUGACAAUAAACAUUCGGAUGUAGGACAACACUGAAUAUCUGGAUUGCACAAUGCAUGCGGAAUAAAAAAAAAAAAACUUUUGAUUGACUUUUAAUCAAUAUGAUUAACUUUUAUUGGGGACCCAUUUGUGAGGGAAUUGUGUAAGAUAAUUCUAAAUUAAGUCACAAAUGAUAUAAAUAUGAUCUUUGAAUGUUACUUUAUAACCUAAAAACCCUUUAUUGAAGCCAGUCAAAAUUAACUGUAGAUAGAUGAUGGUCAUUUUCAAUCAUUCCUUAAAGAUGGUAUGCAUAUCCUCAACUAAAUACCAAUACAUAUACAUUUUCUCUUGACACCAACUGAAACUUUAACUGGUGGUUGCAUGGAGUGCUGGUUGAUCGCUUGUUGUUCAAUUAUAGCCUGCUUAGUUGUCUGUAGAUCAUCUAUUUUAUCAUUCCCAAUUGGUGACAUUGGUAGGCAUGUAUAGCAAUGUAUGUAGGCUACUGAACAAUCCUCUCUCAUGAUUCAUUUUAAUCGUGACCGUCAAUUUCGUUCCAUUCUGUGGAAUCGGUAGAGCUAGCUAGUUGAUUUAUGAUCAAUGAUUUGUUAAGCAUUCAGUAGUCAACUUGUCAUCCUGGAAACACAUCGAGGUUACUUUAGGCUACUUGCCAUUAUUGUUGUUAUCUACCGAAAGGGUCAUUUAAAAGUUUAACUGACGCUAGCAGUCAUAGAUAAAGGCUUUAUAUAUCUAUACUGGCAGUCUUCACAACACUUUGUUAACACAUUGUAGCUAGAGCUAGCUAGAGCUACUACGCUAGGUAGCACUAAUUCACUUCGAUUUUGUAUUGUAAAAAAAUGGGUUUACUCUUUUAGUUUUGCCAUGUGGAAUUGAGCUGUUAACAAUAGUCACACAGACCCAUGCAUUGCCUACCCUUUGUAUAUUUUGGAUUGGUGGUAAUAAUUGGUGGUAAUCUCCCUGGAAGCAUGUCCAUGACCGUUAUUUUCUUGACCAACUGGACCCGAAAGAAGUGACCCCUAUAACAUACUUUAUUGUCGUAGGUAAGGUUACAUCCAUGCAUAAAGCAUCCAUACAUGCUCUACAUCUCUGGUAAAAGACAGUAGGCGACACUAGCUAGGCUACCAUUUGUUAUUGCAUUUCAUACGUGUUUUUAUUAUAGCUAUUUAGAAUAACUGUUAACGCCCCCAUAGCCUACAGUUGUGGUUUUUGAUGAAUGUUUUAUUUUUUUAAAUAAUGUUUUAAAAUGUGAAAAUGAAAUGUGAAGGUCUUAGGGCAAGAAGAUUAUGAGCAUUUUGUUAUCAUUGUGGAUUCUGUAAAUAUCUAUUAUUAAAGUAAAUAUGGAAUAGCGUUA